GAGGUGAGGUGAGGUGAGGUGUGCUGUUAGGCUGGUACCGUCUCCCUGGCCCAGGGAGGAGGUGGAGAGCAGGGCCGCAUCGGACCAGUGGGGGCGGCUUGUCAGCCGCUGCUUUGUCUUCUUAGCUCUGGUCGCUUCUGCGCUGCCGCUGGGAGGCCGCCCGGGCCCGGCGAGCCGAACCAAUGCUGGAUCUGGAGGUGGUGCCCGAACGCUCUCUGGGGAACGAGCAAUGGGAAUUCACACUGGGAAUGCCUCUGGCUCAAGCAGUAGCCAUUCUGCAGAAGCACUGUCGCAUCAUCAAAAAUGUCCAGGUUCUCUACAGUGAACAGUCUCCUCUAAGCCAUGACCUCAUCCUUAACCUGACUCAGGACGGGAUCAAACUACUGUUUGAUGCUUUCAAUCAGAGACUUAAGGUGAUUGAAGUAUAUGACUUAACUAAAGUAAAGUUAAAAUAUUGUGGCGUGCAUUUUAAUUCUCAGGCCAUAGCUCCUACCAUUGAGCAGAUUGAUCAGUCUUUUGGUGCAACACAUCCUGGAGUGUACAACUCUGCUGAGCAGCUCUUCCACCUCAACUUCAGAGGACUGUCUUUCUCUUUUCAGUUAGACUCGUGGACUGAGGCUCCCAAGUACGAGCCCAAUUUUGCCCAUGGCCUGGCUUCUCUCCAGAUACCCCAUGGAGCUACUGUAAAACGAAUGUAUAUCUACAGCGGAAACAGCCUACAGGAUACCAAGGCUCCCCUGAUGCCCUUGAGCUGUUUCCUGGGCAAUGUAUAUGCUGAGAGUGUAGAUGUUCUUCGAGAUGGAACUGGACCUGCAGGUUUACGACUUCGCCUACUUGCUGCAGGUUGCGGACCUGGCCUUUUAGCAGAUGCCAAGAUGCGGGUAUUUGAACGUUCAGUGUAUUUUGGUGAUUCCUGCCAAGAUGUUCUUAGCAUGCUUGGCUCUCCACACAAGGUCUUCUAUAAAUCAGAAGACAAGAUGAAAAUUCAUUCUCCUUCCCCUCAUAAGCAAGUUCCGUCCAAGUGCAAUGACUACUUUUUUAACUACUUCACUCUUGGAGUGGACAUACUCUUUGAUGCAAAUACACACAAAGUAAAGAAGUUUGUUCUACACACCAAUUACCCUGGGCAUUACAAUUUCAACAUUUACCAUCGCUGUGAGUUCAAGAUCCCACUAGCCAUAAAGAAAGAAAACACAGAUGGACAGACAGAAACAUGCACAACCUACAGCAAGUGGGACAACAUUCAAGAGCUCCUGGGCCACCCUGUAGAGAAGCCUGUUGUCCUACACAGGUCCUCCUCCCCAAACAACACCAACCCUUUUGGCUCCACCUUCUGCUUUGGUCUUCAGCGGAUGAUCUUUGAGGUUAUGCAGAACAACCACAUUGCCUCAGUGACCCUGUAUGGCCCCCCCAGGCCUGGUGCCCACCUGAGAACAGCGGAGCUCCCCUAGGGACAUCACCACCCAUGCCCCUCUACCCCAUGAAACUGCAUUGCAUCCUGCUCAGCAGGCCUCUGUGUGCCAGCCUGUGGAUCUUCUUGGACACCUUGCCAGUGUUGAAAAGCUGUUGUGAUGUUCUAAAGCAGGCCUCAGGCUGGGUGCUCUGCUGUGGAAUGAGGGGCCCAGAUAUUCCUCUGUCCAUCAGCCUGCUGGUGCCAGCAGGGGACACAGACUGCAAAGAGAAGCACAAACUUUGAGCCUUGAUACUUGGAUGCAAAAGCUCUCAACAGACAUGUAAGGAGGCAGGACAUGUCAACCCUUGUUCCACAUAUGUUGGGAAAACUUGGGGCUCUCUCUGUGGCUGAGGACACAGGGACCCAGAAUGAGGACAAGGUCCUGCCUUUGUCAUACAUUGCCAUGUGACCCUUAAGGCAAGCAGGUAGCGUGUCUGUAAUACUUGGUUGCAACAUUUGCACUACAUCCACUUUAGUUACUUGAUGAGCUGGCUGUGGCCAAAGUGGCCCUUAUUUCUUUCUUGCACGUGCUCCCUGCCAGGCCCAGUAGGCACAGCCAACUGGUUGAAACAUAGCUUUCUACCAUCCAGGUACUUACCCAGGCCUGAUUCCCAACCCUCUUGGAGCCAGCUUUCAAGGUCACCAGUGUCCCUGCUUAGCCCCAACCUGGCUGCAUGUUUCCAUCCUGUUUGCCUCUUUUAUUUAAUGCCAAAGUUUUAGCCAAAGACAUCUUCCUUUUAUUGUGUUACAGCAUUCUGUUCUGAACUGUGGCUGCUCCCUGCCCCAACCCUGGGCACUGUCCCCUGGCUGGGCCCAUUCAUGGCUCAAGGCCUCUGGGGGCUCAAGGAAGGCUGGGCUGCUCAGUCUCUUCAUGGGUCAUGCUAAUGGAACGUAGCAUAUAAAUGCUUUAAAAAAUAUUAGUCCUUUUGAAAAGAAUUGAGAAGAGAAAUGGAUAAUUUUAUCCCACUUUUAAUAUUUUGGUCUAGCAACUUGUGAUAUAUAGAUGACAAUUUUGUGAGUUUUUCAAAUGUGUGUACAGAUUUUUGUAAAUAUGACUCUUUUGUAAUUAACUUAUGUACAGCCUCAUCCUGUAUAGUUUAAUGAUGAAUGUGCAGGGGACCUGCCUUGGGCUCUUUGGCCUAUAGCCAGGCUUGUGUGACUUUCUGACUGACUUAUUAUGUCUUCCCAUGUGAACUGACCUGGCCAGAGAUCCCCACACAUCCUGUUGUUGGGGGCAGCCAGGAAUGUUUCCAUUCUCCUGCAGAGGGGGAACCUUCCUUAUUCCCCACAUCCCUUCUCCAAUAAAGCACCUGUGCUCUCAGCAAUGGCCCCCACAUGCUGUUGCUGAGAUGUUUGUACUAAAAA